AUGAAGGCCCUGGUUCAAAGUUAUCCCCCCCUCGGUCAAGUCACCGUCGUCCAGGACAGCACAGUCGUACUAACAUCGGUAUUGGAAAUAUCCAACAGUCGAGCGGAAGAAGAAUGGGAUGUUGCGCUUUGGAUUUCUGUAGACAGCGGGCGCUGGAGUGAGAUACGUCUGACCAGGCUGGGGCAUGGCGCUGAACCACCUGUGCUCAGCAAAAAGCCACAGUCGUCCUCGUUCCUAUAUUUCCGUUGUUCAUUUUCGCUUCACAAAUUUGCAAAUUUCACCUUUAAGUUCCGACGAGCAAAUGACGAAUCGUGGAAAUGGGUUCGUGAAGAGGAGGGGUCGAAUGAUGGUAUCAUCAUUCUAUCGACAUCUCCCACCUCGUCUCCCGACGAUUCAAGGCCAUGUAUCCCGGACUUGGACACGGAAUGGAACAUCUCAUCUCACGUUAGUCAGUCCCCUGGCACGCAACUAUGGUCACUUAGUUGUUCCUUGCCUGCCUCUGUAGGGGAGAACUCGACAUUUAGAGAUAUUACCAUCGGUACGCCGUGGGGCUCAUUUAUAAGAUGGUUUGCUCUCGUCCGUCACAAGGCAGCCUGGCUGGGCCCUCGACAUGGCAGAUCUCGUUUCUCUCCAGAUCAGGACACAAUCUUGGGUUGUUUUCUAAGCCAUCAUGGCAAGACCAUGGCAAUACUCGCCGUGAGUGGCGUAGGCAGUGUAACAACAACUAUUCGGGAUGAUGGCCACGGUGUGGUCGCUGUUCACGCCAGAAACGAUUCUGCGUCGUCGGAAACAACUGUGGUUCUGAUCUCGGAAGGGAUCGAUUUCGACCACGCGGUUGCCUCCGUCAUGUACCAUGCAAGAACGAUGGUAUCAGAGACAUAUGGCGUGUCACAAAACCAUAACAAUAGUCGAGAAAAAUGGGAUUCAAAAGCUAUAACUGGGUGGAAGCCGGAAUGGCAAGAUGAAUGCAUCCUCCCACUUCUCAACGCGAUAGAAGAGCUUGCUAGGAACAAGAUUCAAAUAACGAAUCUCAUUAUCGAUGACAACUGGCAGUCUCUGGAUCGCAUUGGAAGUGAUCAGUCACAGUAUGGAUGGUCCGAGUUUGAAGCAGACCGCAACGCUUUCCCCAGCGGUCUGAGAAGUGUGGUAGCACAAAUUCGAAACUUGCACCCAGCUCUUCAGAAUAUCAUCGUAUGGCAUGCCAUGCUGGGAUACUGGGGCGGCAUCUCACCCAAUGGGCUUAUUGCGAAGACUUACAGCACAAUCAAGGUAGCCCAAGAGGGUGAAAACAGCCAUCCGCUGACCAUUGUUGGCAAACCGGAUGUAUCGCGGUUAUACAACGACUUUUACAGAUUCUUGGCUGAGUCGGGAAUUGAUGGUGUCAAAGCUGAUGCACAAGUCAUGAUCGACAUGUUGAAAGAUGCACCAGAUCGUCGAGAUCUGAUAUCUACCUACCUCGACGUCUGGUCCAAGACCUCGGAAGAGUAUUUUGGUGGCAAAACCAUAUCAUGUAUGUCCCAAUUUCCAUACUCUCUCUUCCACUCUCAAUUACCCCGAAGUAGAGGAGAGUUUUCUGUCAGAAACUCGGAUGAUUUCUUCCCAGAUGUUCCACGGUCACAUCCGUGGCAUAUCUGGGCCAACGCACACAAUGCCAUCGUCACUCAGUUUCUGAACGCGGUUCCGGAUUGGGACAUGUUCCAAACUGUGCACAGCUACGCAGAGUUUCAUGCCGCAGCACGAUGUGUAAGUGGCAGCCCAAUUUACAUCACAGAUAUCCCAGGCAUGCACAACAUGCAUCUGAUCAAGCAAAUGACUGCUACUACGCCACUUGGUCAGACGGUGGUUCUUAGACCGAGUGUCCUGGGCAAAUCAAUGUGUGCCUAUGCCGGAUAUGAGGACGGUUUGCUUCUGAAAAUUGGCAGCUACAAUGGGGCAUCCCAGACGGGCACUGGCAUUCUUGGCAUUUUCAAUGUUUCAACAAGGCACCUCACCGAAAUUAUUCCUCUGGGGCUUUUUCCAGGAGUGUUUCAAGGAGGAAAAUACGCCGUUCGAUCACAUACAACAGGACAGACUUCGGCGCCGAUGACAACGGGCGCCCCAGACUCAGUAAUUGCUGCAUCGAUAAAUGAGGCAGGAUAUGAGAUUUUAUGCGCUUUCCCGCUGGCACAAUUUAAGAGUGGUCGAUAUGGCAAUGGAUACGCUGGUGCCGUUGGCUUGGUUGGUAAGAUGACUGGCUGUGCUGCAAUGACAUACAGCAGUGUAGUUCAACGGGAUUCUGGCACAGUCAUCGUGACCUGCAACUUGAAAGCGUUGGGUACCCUAGGUGUGUACAUUUCUACGCUUCCGCGCUUGAACAUUGAAGACGACUUCAUGGUAGCAAUUGAGGACCUGCCUGUCCGGUUCGAGACGGUAAGUAGAAGUGAAGAUGAUGAGCGAAUUUUUGAAAUUGAUGUUGAAAGAGCUUGGGAAGAGGUCGCGGUGAGCACUAUGCAACGAGGUGAAGUGCAGAUUAAAGUGAGCUUCCAGCCUUGA